UCUCUCCCUCUUUUCUUGCACUGCCACUGAUACACUGCCAUUUUCGACUGGCAAACAUAGAGAGAGAAAGAGAGAGAGAGUUUUCAUCGGGAAGGUAAUAAAAAGUCCCUCAAGAUAAGUAAUCCCUCUCCUUCCUCUUACCCAAAACGCGUGCAUUUUCAUCUCUCUCUCUCUCUCAAUCAAAAACCGCCCACACAGAGAUAGAGAGAGAAAGAAAAAGGAAGACGAGAGAGAGAUUAAUGCUGUGAAUGAGCAGACAGAGGAAGAGAGAGACGAUGAUGCAGUGAAAGAAAGGUUAAAGAACACUCCCCCAUUCUCGAAAGAAAAAUAUUUUGAGCAGGCUAUGCCCUCAGAGAGAGAGAGAGAGAGAGAGAGGGCUGAUAUUAGUGCAUGUAUCAAUCUGACGACCCACUAGAAAGGAGGGCCACUAUUUGAUGGAUUUUUGCUUUUUUCCCCUUCUCUCUUUCUUCUGUGAAAAGGCCUGAACUUUGUGUAAGCACAAAACUCGGGAGACCAAACUGGGUGUUGUUUGUUUCACUCCCACUCAGUCUUUUUAAAGGAGCUAAAACUCACACACAUAAAGGAUCUCAUCAUCACCCUUUCGUUCUCUAGAGGGGGAGAGAGAGACAGAGGGAAAAGGGUUUUGCAUUAGGCCAUACACUGUGGAAUGGAGGGCGGUUCAAACAGCACUAAUUCGCCUUCCUGUUUGAUGGCUUUUGGAGAGAACGGUCACCACAGUGGUGGUGGUGAUGGGCUAUGCCCAAUGAUGAUGACGAUGAUGCCCAUCAACACCAUCACCUCAUCAUCCCAUCCCCAUCCCCAUCCCCAUCAUCAACAUCAUCAUCAUCACCAUCACCAUCAUCAAAACCUAAACACAAGCACCCACCAGUACUUUCUUGACCAAACAGCUCGUAAUAGCAGCAGCGGUUCUUCUCCGAUUCUUGACGACCGCAACAACAAUAGCAACAACAACGCGGGUGGUUCAGGUUCAGGCUCAGGCUCAGGUUGUUUCUUCAUGGACAACGAUGUCAAGGCCAAGAUCAUGGCUCAUCCUCACUACCACCGCCUUCUCUCAGCUUAUGUCAAUUGUCAGAAGGUGGGAGCUCCGCCUGGCGUGGUGGCAAAGCUAGAGGAAGCGUGUGCAUCGGCUGCGAUAAUGGCCGGGAACAGCGGCAUGAGCAACACAGGUUGCAUUGGUGAAGACCCAGCUCUUGACCAGUUCAUGGAGGCCUACUGUGAGAUGCUGACUAAGUACGAGCAAGAACUCUCCAAACCCUUCAAAGAGGCCAUGCUCUUCCUCCAGAGGAUCGAGUGCCAAUUCAAAGCCCUUACUCUUGGUGUUCCUUCUGAUUCUGUGGCUUUGAGUGAGGCUUUUGAUAGGAAUGGCUCGUCCGAAGAAGAUGAUGUGAACAACUUCAUUGACCCCCAAGCAGAGGACAGAGAGCUCAAGACUCAGCUCUUGCGGAAGUACAGCGGAUAUCUUGGUAGCCUCAAGCAGGAGUUCAUGAAAAAGAGGAAGAAGGGGAAGCUCCCGAAAGAGGCCCGGCAACAAUUGCUUGAUUGGUGGAGUCGACACUACAAAUGGCCUUACCCAUCAGAAUCACAGAAACUAGCUCUAGCAGAAUCAACUGGACUAGAUCAGAAGCAAAUCAACAACUGGUUCAUCAACCAAAGGAAGAGGCACUGGAAGCCAUCGGAGGACAUGCAAUUCGUGGUUAUGGAUGCCACUCACCCUCAUUACUACAUGGACAACAUGCUCGGCAAUCCCUUUCCCAUGGACAUCUCUCCGACCUUGCUUUGAAGUCUAUGGUUGAUAUUGCUAAUAUUAUUCGACCCUAGUGUCAUUAUGAGCUCUAAAUGUGCUCUUUCCGAGUGCUGUAGACCCACCUAAUCAUUUGAUGGCAAGUUGUGAAGCUUAUGAGUACACUAUGUAUUGUGCCGGCUUGUGGCACAUGGAAAUACAUGAUAACAUCCGAUAAGAUUAUGACCUGUUAGCUAUAUUUGGGGUUCAUGUAUGACUAUGGUUAGUUUCGCGGCUAUGGCAAGGAUAAAUUUGGAAAUUA